AGCUGCCCCCAAUUGAAUACAAAAUUAAAUUAAAAAACACAUAAUGGUUGAACCAUUUUUCUCCCUUUUCCACCAAGCUUCACUCACAACAUUUAAUUCAACCUUUGGUCUUUCAGUUUCAAGCCAUUUGUAUAAAGCCAUGCAGGCAUCUAUUAGCUUUUCAUGCAUAAAAAAACAAAAAAAAAGUCAAAACUUUCUUGUUAAUCAUAUACCUCAGGCUAUGGCCAAAGCAAGUUUUUCUUCCCCUUCCACUGGCCUCUGCUUUGUUUUAUCAGGUCUGCUGAUGAUGAUGAUUGAAGCGGCAGAAGCAGCGGCUCCGGCGUUCUUUGUGUUUGGCGACUCCCUGGUGGACAGCGGCAACAAUAACUACUUGGCUACCACCGCUAGGGCGGAUUCGCCCCCCUAUGGGGUUGAUUACCCUACGCAUAGACCCACGGGCCGUUUCUCUAAUGGCCUUAACAUCCCUGACAUCAUCAGUCAGAAGAUUGGUGCUUCAGAAUCCCCACUGCCUUACUUGAGUCCACAGUUUGGAGGGCAAAGAAUGCUUGUUGGGGCUAACUUUGCAUCAGCUGGGAUUGGAAUUCUCAAUGACACCGGUGUCCAAUUUGUGAAUAUUAUUAGGAUGCCCUUACAGCUGGCCUACUUUGGUGAGUACCAACGCCGUGUGAGCGCAUUGAUAGGUGCAGACCGCACCAAGAAGCUUGUGAACCAAGCCCUCGUUCUCAUCACCGUUGGAGGGAAUGAUUUUGUGAACAAUUACUAUCUUGUCCCUAACUCUAUAAGGUCCCAGCAGUAUGCUCUAAAAGAUUAUGUCCCCUUUCUCAUCUCUGAAUACAGAAAAAUAUUGAUGAGGCUCUAUGACCUGGGAGCUCGAAGGGUGAUUGUGACAGGAACAGGACCACUAGGUUGUGUGCCAUCAGAACUAGCGCAACGAAGCAGGAAUGGAGAGUGUGCAGCUGAACUGCAGCGCGCCGCAUCACUUUUCAACCCACAGCUUAUUCAAAUGUUACAAGGACUCAAUGGAAAACUAGGCAGAAACGUUUUCACUGCUGCAAAUACGCAACUAAUACACAACGAUUUCGUUAGCAACCCUCUGGCAUUUGGGUUUGCUAGUUCUAAGGUUGCUUGUUGUGGACAAGGACCCUAUAACGGCCUCGGCCUCUGCACAGCAUUGUCUAACUUGUGCUCAAACAGGGAGCAGUAUGCAUUCUGGGAUGCAUUCCACCCGUCAGAAAAGGCAAACAAGCUCAUUGUCCAACAAAUCAUGGGUGGCACCACCAAGUACAUGACUCCCAUGAAUCUCAGCACUCUCCUGGCCUUGGAUUCUACGGUAUAAAUUCAUGUUCUGAGAGAUUCAUCUGGUUUCUUUCACAUUUAUUUCGCUUCAACUUACUCUUGGUGGUAAUAAUUAAUAAUGAAUAAGUUUUUAAUGC